AUGUCGUCGGACGACGGCGCGGUUGUCACUCAUGCUCCAUCAACUGCUGGGAAAUGCCGAGGAUUUGUGGAAGAAUCAGAUGAGAAGACACCGUCCGUCAGCACCGAGCAACCCGUCAGUAGUGUCGGCCCAAAGGGCCGAAAAUCUGCGACGGAAGAUACGGACGCGAGCCGCGCGGGCUGCGGGCCCGCGAUGAGCGCUAACAAUUGCGACAGCAUGACAUAUUUCUCAAACGCCUAUAUGCCUGAUAUGAGAAACGGCGGAGGUCACGACCACCAGCAGGCGCAUGCGCACUAUGGCGCUGUGCCACAACAAGGUCACGAGAUGGAGGGCUGUGACCAGCAGUUAAGGCCGGCGCAACACCACUACCCCGCGCAACCAGCGCCUGGCUUGCCCUACCCCCGGUUUCCGCCCUACGAUAGAUUGGGUUAUUACCAGCAGAUGGAACAAAAUGGCUACCGGCCCGACAGUCCAUCUCAAAUGGGUCAUAUGGGUCCUAAAACGGACGGUUAUGGCCCGAAUGGUCACCAGCCCCCAGCGCCAGCGGUCUACACGUCGUGUAAGCUUCAGGCUGCGGCGGCGACGGCAGGAGGAGUGCCGGGUAGUCCUCCACUAGAGCAGGCGCAGCAAAUGACGCAUCAUAUGCAUCCCCAGCAGCACAUGGUGCAGCACGGCGUGCCUCCCCACCAGCAGCAUCUUAUGUACCCGGUGGACGACAUGCAGCAUCAGACGCAAAUGCCUCCUAUGCACCAGCAGUCGAUGCACGCACAGCAACCACCCCCGCAGCAGCCUCCGCCUAAUACUAAUGCGUCGCUGCCCAGUCCACUUUACCCCUGGAUGCGAAGUCAAUUUGAAAGGAAGCGAGGACGACAAACUUAUACCCGGUACCAGACUCUCGAGCUGGAAAAGGAGUUCCACUUCAACCGGUACCUGACGCGAAGGAGACGGAUCGAGAUCGCGCAUGCGCUCUGCCUCACCGAGCGCCAGAUCAAGAUCUGGUUCCAGAACCGCCGCAUGAAGUGGAAGAAGGAGAAUAAGACCAAAGGCGAACCUGGGUCCGGGGACGAGCCGGAUAACAUGAGUCCGCCCACUUCGCCUCAGUAA